AUGGACCACAAAGCCAGACUCCCGGCGGGGACACGAGUGUUCCACAUAAGCUGCAUCAUUGGUUCCAUGAUGCCCGUUAGGCGGAGGAGGGGUGGGAAAGCCGAGCCCCCAAGUGCCUGCAGAGCCCACCUGGUGCAGACCUCGCCGCCUCGGGGCUGCUGCUCGCACUUCUGCACCUUCCCCUGACUAGGCCCCUGUUCCUUGAGGCCACACCACACCCAUUCAUUUUUCCACACUCUGAGCUGUGCCUCCCAAGCCCAGGGCAGCCAGGCUUGGCAGAGCCUCUGCCUUGAGGCCAGCAUGCCCAGUGGCCCCUUUGAGAGGAUUUCCUGGAGCUUCCUGUCUGAGCUUCCUGGCCUGAGGGCAUUGGGAAGGAGCCUGCGGAGCUGGAGGUCAGCAGGUGGACGGGUUGCGCUGUCCUGGCUUUUGGAGUGUGGAGCCAGAGCGGGUGGGACAGGUGACCUGCUGCUGGGCUUGGUGGUCCCUGCUGCAGGGAAGGGGCAGCUGGUGUGAACACAAGGAGCUGCAGGACUGGAGAAGGCCAGGGCCAGGAACCUGCCGAUGGACACCGGCGAGGGGCCAGGCACGGCCCGGA